AUGUCAGAUUUGCACAAACUGAAUUUGGUGAAAAGAUUUCAAAAGUAUCGAACAAAUGCAAUUGUGACAAGUGGAUCAAAUGGUAUAGGUGUAGCCACGACUAGGAAAUUUGUGGCAGAAGGUGCUUAUGUGUACAUUGUUGACAUCGAUGAAGAGGGAGGGGUUAAAGUUUGUCAAGAGCUCAAUGGAAAUGCUUCAUUUGUGAAGUGUGAAGAGGCAAUAGAGACCCAUGUGAAAGGGGUCGUAGAUCGAGUGAUGGAGGAGAAGGGGCAUCUAGAUAUCAUGAUGAACAAUGCGGGCAUAUUGCACGCUCAUGGUAAUUCCAUUGUACAGGUCUCUGUUGAGACUUGGGAAAGAGUAAUGGUUGUGAAUGUUACGGGAGCUAUGUUAGGAAUGAAGCAUGCUGCAAGGGUCAUGAUUCCAAGCAACUCUGGUUCCAUACUCUUCAAAUGCAGUGUUUUGGGACUGAUGAAGACUGAUAAUGCCUCUCAUGGUUACAUGGCUUCCAAGAAUUCUCUGUUGGGGUUUGAUGAAGAGUGUUGCAGUGGAAUUGGCAAAGGAAGGAAUAUGUGUGAAUGA